CAGAGGGGGGCAGUGCAUGCAGCAGUCUCUCCUUCCACUCUCAGAGGUGAGGACACAGGGUGGCUAGAUCCCUGCAUGCGUGCACCACGGUGCUGUACAUGUGUCUGUGACCGGGGAACACGUGAGGCCUGCACCAGGGGACCCCCAGCCAGGUGAGCCCGGGAAACCUCUUCGUUGGGAGGCUCCGGCAGCAGCGGAACAGACCAAUCGUGUGCCGAGUGUCUCCUCUACGUCAUCACGAGGCGUCGGUCCCGAGGCCCAGCUCAGAGACCCGCGCGGGGAGAGAGAGAGAGGGUGUGUUCCUUCUAUGGUGCCCUUACAACGUUAGCAGGGAAUUAGUCAUUGCCUACCUGGAUGACCUUCCUCUCAUGGCAGCUAUGGGGGCCACCCCACCAAUGUGUGUUGGUUCCGGUAUGGAGGCUCAUGUAUCGGUGAUCACGGUUCCAAAAUCUAAACUAGGCAAUGGAGUCUGCUGACCUGAAAGAGGAGCUGGUCUGUUCCAUCUGCCUGAACAUUUAUACAGAUCCUGUCACCCUGAGAUGUGGCCACAACUUCUGCCGGGGCUGUAUUAAUCGUGUGCUGGAUACACAGGAGGAAUUGGAGGUUUAUACCUGUCCAGAAUGCAGAGCAAAGUUCAAGAAACGUCCUGCACUAAAGAAAAACAUAACCCUGUGUAACAUAGUGAAGAGUUUUCUGUCCACUCGUUCAGAUCAGGAGGAGCCUGGGAUCUUCUGCACUUACUGUGUGGACUCUCCUGUACCUGCUACUAAGUCUUGUCUGCAUUGUGAGGCUCACCUGUGUGAAAAACACCUGAGAGUGCACAGCAAGUCGGCCGACCACGUCUUGUCUAAUCCCACCACUUCCCUUGGGAAGAGAAAAUGCUCCGUUCAUAAAGAGGUCUUCAAGUAUUACUGCACCGAGGACUCUUCCUGUAUCUGUGUGUCCUGCACUGUGGCUGGAGAUCACAGAGGCCACCAGGUGGAGAUGUUGUAUGAGGCCUCUGAGAAGAAGAAGGAGAAGCUGAGAGAUUAUCUGCAGAAACUGACCACAAAGAGAGAGGAGAUAGAAAAUAGAGCCCAAAGUUUGCAGGUGCACAGAAGAAAAGAUCUGGAAAAAGCAGCUGCUGUAACUGAGAGAGUCACUGCCCUGUUUAGAGAUAUCAGGAGACAGCUGGAUGACCUGGAAAAGAGAGUCCUGACUGAGAUCUCCAAGCAGGAAGAGCGCGUUUCACUCUCAGUGGCGGAUCUGAUCCAGAAGCUGGAAACAAAGAAGGAGGAGCUGUCCAGGAAGAUACGUCACAUUGAGGUGCUAUGUAACGUGUCUGAUCCAGUGAAUGUCUUACAGGAACCAGACACAGGGGACUUGUGUGAGACUCAGAAUAGAAAGAGACAUCAUACACAGGUCCAUGAUGGAGGAGAUCUGGAUGUGGGUCUCAUCUCAGGGACAUUGCACACAUUGUCUGAUAUAAUAGCUGGUAUAAGUACUGGGGUCUAUGUGCAGGAACCGGCCCACAUCUUACUGGAUGUGAACACCGCCGGUGAUCUUGUACAGAUAUCAGAUGACAAUAAAGUUGCAUCCAGAUCAGACGUAACCCAGAAUCGUCCAGAAACACGAGAGAGAUUUCAAUAUUAUCAAGUAUUGAGCAUCAGGAAAUUCUCCUCGGGGCGACAUUACUGGGAAGUGGAUGUCAAGAAAUCAGAGUACUGGAGGGUGGGGAUGUGUUAUGCCAGUAUGGGCAGGAGAGGAUAUCAGUCACACGUUGGAUAUAAUAGCAGGUCCUGGGGUCUGAGGAGGUAUGAUACUCAGUAUACAGUGAUACAUGACAAUGAAUCCAUCGAGUUACCUUACAACAUCCCCUGUGACAGAGUGAGGGUAUUUCUGGAUUACGAGGCUGGGCAGCUGUCCUUUUACUCUCUGUGUCACCCUAUCAGACACUUGCACACCUUCUACAUCACCUUCACUGAGCCCCUCCAUGCUGUUUUAGGUGUAUGGGGGGGUUGUUUAAAGUUAACUUGGUAAUCGGAGACAUGCUCAUGUUAUAAAACACCCAAUGACACCUCGUCACGGCUCAGUCUUGUAACCGUGUGGUCUUUUUACUAAGCCUUGGACAGAGAUAAAGUGGACGGAGAUAAAGUAUCAACCAAUCAGCUCCUAGCUGUCGUUUUUUCAAACAAAGCCUGUAACAUGGCAGUUAGGAGCUGAUUGGCUGGUGCUUUAUCUGUGUCCAAGGCUUGGUAAAUAGACUCCUAUAUGUCUAAUGCAGCCAGUAAUAGGUGGACUCUGCUAUACCUAAUAACAAUGUUCCUGUACCUGAUAAUUAUAUAGAAAAAGGAAUUUUGCCCCUCAGGUCAUACACAGAUGAGGGUAACAAGCCGGACGUUAGCGCUCCUCAAGGCGAUUUCUCAGGCUCUAAUAUGACAUAUUUUCAUCUUAUAAGAUGUUUCAGGGCCGAGGAAUCUUAUGUCCCCCAUUCCUGGUUCCUCUAUAGCAAAUGUUCUGAGAUCUGUGCACAGAACCUAAUUCCGCUGCCCCGAAGUCUCCUCCUGCAAUGUAUAUAACUUCUAACUGUAAUACUCUAUGCAGUGACACGGCUGAUAACAGAGAACAGUAGCUGGCUUGAUUUUUUUUAGAUGUCUCCCAAAUCUAACACUAUCGCUAUUGAGCCCUUGGGGCCACGUCACUGGCCGGCCAGCCAGCCAAAUAAAUGAACACUUCGUCACGACCCCUUCAGUGCCACCGUUUCAACCCCCUGUUUUGAAACUGCUGCAGAUAGUUCCGGACUUUGGCACUGAAAUAUGGCGCCAGUCUCUGCGCAUUAGGUAGCAAAGCACGCCGGCACUCUGGUCACGGCCUUUUACUUCCUUUUCUUCUCCUUAUGGUGACGGCACCUUGAAUGUCUCACCCCAGAGUAGAUGUCCGGUCAGACCGUGCCUUGAGUCUUUAUUUUAGGUCAUUCAUGCUGAGCCUGAUUACUAUUGUAUCAAGCUAACGCCUUAUGUGUUCAUAAGCAUCUUCUGAUUAGUUUUGUUGCAUUUGUAGAACUACAAAUUAGUUAAUGGGCAAAUUUGUUUUUUUGUUAACCUUAUGUUCAUGUGUUUUAAAGUAAAUGGUUCAGCAUUUGCUGCUCCUCACGUUU